AAUAUUCCCAUCAGGCUCCAGUGAAGAGUUGAUUGAAGGACAGCGAGAACAUGAGUGAUCCAGAACCCUGCAGAAUUAAACAUGAAGACACUGAACAACAAAUAGACCUAAUUGAAGAGUAUGAGGAGAUUAAAGAGGAGGAACAUCAUGUCAAAAUUGAGGAAAAUUAUUUACAGACUGAUGGUAUUUUGAAAUGGAGAAACAAGAAUCGUUUCACCUGCACUCAGUGUGGGAAGAGUUUAAGAGGAAAAAGCAGCCUUAAGAUUCACAUGAUGAUCCACACUGGAGAGAAACCAUUCACAUGCACUCGGUGUGGGAAGAGUUUCAACCAAUCAUCAUCCCUUAAUCUACACAUUAAGAUCCACACUGGAGAGAAACCAUUCACAUGCACUCAGUGUGGGAAGAGUUUCAGCUGCUCAUCACAUCUUAAUAGACACCUGAAGAUCCACACUGGAGAGAAACCAUUCACUUGUAAUCAUUGUGGGAAGAGUUUCAGCCCAUCAUCAAACUUUAAUCAACACAUGAAUAUUCACACCGGAGAGAGACCAUACACAUGCACUCAGUGUGGGAAGAGUUUCAGCUUCUCAUCAUGCCUUAAUCAACACAUGAAGAUCCACACUGGUGUGAGAGAGUUUAUGUGCUUUGACUGUGAGAAGACUUUUAUUACAGCUGGAGAAUUGAAACGGCACCAGAGGAUUCACACUGGAGAGAAACCUUACAAGUGUUCACACUGUGACAAGAGUUUUAAUCAGUUUAUAAAUCUGAAAAGACAUGAAAUGAUUCACGCUGGUGAGAAACCGUACAAGUGUUCACACUGUGAAAAGGAAUUCAGAGACUUGCGAACCCUGAAAAGACAUGAGAGGAUUCACACUGGAGAGAAACCAUAG